AUGAUUUUUUUUCUUCAAUUUGUUAAAAAACUGAAUUCAUCUUAUGAUGUACCAAGUCGAAAAAAAUUAGCACAUGAAAUAUUAACACAAGAAGUACUUUAUCUGGAAGAUAAAAAUGAAUCAUUAUUGGCAGAAGCUGCCCAUCUUCCAGUAAAUAUUGAUGGGUGGAGUGAUCGAUGCUGCCGGUCUCUGUAUGAAUACAAAAUCAUUACAGAUAGUCUCUAUAGACUUGAAUCUGUUCUAGCUAAAGCUUCUUUAAAUGUUAAUAUUAUAUCGAAAAUACCUGCAAUUGUUACAGAUAAUCCCAAUGCAAUGCACAAAAUGCAUGAAAUGUCUGUUUCUAAACCGGGAAAUCAACACAUUCUUGAACUUCGAUGUUUUUCUCAUGCUAUUAAUUUGAUGACUGGUAAGAAUUUUAUGUGA